GGACUUCCCAACGAACCGGCAAAGUGCCACACCACUGCUGCGCCGCGCAAUCAAGGUCCAGAACAAAGAUCCCUGCAUGAAGAAGAGGCAGCAUAUGCAGUAAUAACCUGCGGAAAGGAGGGCAGAGCUCUGCAGUGGCCAACGCCUGUUGCGGAAACGGGGACCCGGAACGCUUUUGAGCCCGCCUGCGUCUUCGCUGAAUUCAAGAGAUACACAGCAGCGUAAGCAAGAGGAAGGUAGGAGCAUGCAUGCACUAGGCUUGCGCGCUGAGAACCCACUUCCCAGAGAUGGGGCCCGAGAGCUCGGCUAAAUGCGCGAGGCGAAGGCUCGCCUGGCCACAAAGCUCUUGCCAAACAUAUACACAGCAGCAACUGCACACCAAGCUUGCUUGCGCCAGCAGGCCACCUAGAGGCGGCACACAUACAGCGCUGAACUCUUGGGCCAGUCCUCGCUUCUGGGAAAAGCCCCGACUGACUUCUGACGCCUAGAGAAAGUUUGGUAUUCAUAGAGGAGCUUCGUUCCAGCAGAUGGACAUGUCGGUGAGUGUUCCGGGCAGUUCGUUCGUUGCGAUGCUGAAGGCCGCGGACCCUGUUUGGCUUCUUACUUCUGGCGGCUUUGGGGGACCCGCGCAGCCUGCAAGGACAUGCAUGUGCUCUCUGAAGCUUGCUUGUUGCCUUGAAACUGAGAGAAGCGCAUACCGGGCUCACAACAUGCGUUGACCAAGCAAUUCCUGAUCGGCCGUGCAGCAGGAGUCCCCGCUCUCCGCCGAUUUCAUUGGACUUGAUAUCGCUGGUUACAUGGUGGACAUUGCUUAUGACCCGGUGGCAGCGUCCACCGGCUGGACUACUGCUGGCUACUACUCAUCGCUGCUGGUGGGUGGGGGCGACGAUGCUGCUGCUGCGGGCUGCGGCGGCAGCAUGGCGCCAAUGCCAAUGGCCAAGCUGCCAGCGGCACUGCCGGCGGCACUGCUGCCGCCGGUGGUGGGCGGCCAGGCCGUGGUGGGUCCUUCGGGUGCAGUGGCUACUGCUGGCGCGCAGCAGCCGACAGCAGCAGCAGUGCGCUCUGCUGUGGAGCAGCUGCUCCUGCAGGUGGUGAUACAGCGCAUGUGCGCGAACCUUGGGGUGAUGAGGGAGGAGGACAUCCAGUACAUCCAGGAGCACAUGCGGAAGGCCGCCAGCGGGCCGCAGCAGCCGGUGCCCAAGCAGCAGCGCCCCCGCAGCGGCGGCUACUGCCCCAGCAAGGGUGACGGCCCCAUGGCGUUGCCGGUGGUGGCGGCGGCGGCGGUGCUGCAGCAGACCCUACUAGUACUGGCGGAGGUGGACGCUGCCUGUGCGGAGGUUGCGGCCGCAUUCGGCGACCCGGCGCGCGAGGCGGCGGCCCUAGAGAAGGCAAUGGCUCGUGUCAGCGAUGCCAUGUUCGCGGCGGUGGAGGCCAUGCGGGUGCGUGACAGGCAUGCGGCCCAGGCCGCCAAGGGCACCAGUGGCGCUGCCGCCACCGCCGGAUGCAUCAUCGCUGCCGCUAGCCAGCCCAUGGCGGUUGGCAAGGAGAACAAGUUGCAGCAGCAGCGGGCCAAGCAGGCUGCGCCGGCGCAUCCCGUGCCGUCUGUGGCUUCGGCCGCCAUGGCAUCGGCGGCGGCGGCAGCGGCGGGACAGCAGCCGCAGGACUGCAAGCCUGCGGCUGCUGUGGGCAGCAAGCGCAGCCGCGGCGCUGAAGGUGCGGCAUUUGGGCCGGCGGCGGAGCGACAGGAGGGCGGUGAUGGUGUGCCGCCGGCAGCAAAGCGGCAAGCGGUGGCGCGGCACGCAACCACCGCCGCCACCGCUGCGGCACCCGGACCCGCCGCGGCCGUAUCCGCGGCGGCCGCGCCCACCUUCAUCCAGCAGCUCCAGAUGCUGCAGGCUAUUAAGGCUAUGCAGGCGUGCGCAGCAUUCGCACGCGCGCGCGGCGGGCUGGCCCCGCCGGUGGCGGCGGCGGUGCCGGCGCAGCCUCAUUCUCAGCAGCAGCGCCAGCAGCAGCAGCAGCAGCAGCAGCAGCACAAGCAACUGCACCACCACCACCACCACCACCACCAGCAGCAGCAGCUGCUGCAGCAGGCCGCGCCGGCGAAAGCGGCGGCCGCGCAGGUGCUGAUGCCAUUGCAGCCCUGGCAGGUGGAGGCGCAGCGUUGGCUGGCGAAGCUGCAGUAGUCGCAGCGCCAGCUACGCCAGCACCAGCUGCAGCUGCAGCUGCAGCUGCAGCUGCAGCUGCAGCUAGCAGUGUUGCGAGGACGCGCGUUGCGGCUGGUGCGCAAUUCCCACGACUUACCGCAGCAGCACCAGCCUACAACGGUGGCAAUAAUAAUAAUAAUUCAAACGCCGGCCCAUGGGGCCUGGCGUGGAUUAUCGGGGUAAGGUGGCUAGGGCGAGGAGGCCCAUCCCCCUCGCGCUGCCAUCUCACCACGCACUCCGAGGAGGUGUGGGGGAGCCGUGGCUCACCCACCUCUCGGUUUGAGUUCCUGCUCGGUUACUCGGCGCAUUUUGAUAAUGCCGCCCGCACUGUUCACAGCGUGUGUGUGGAGCCUCUCUCCGCAUACUCGUGCGGCUGUGUGGGUCACCCCAAGUUGAGAGGUGAGCAGCUUAGUGAGGUUGCAAGGGAUGGCCCCAGUCACUCCGAGCGCAAGGCAUUCAUUGGUGGAGUAGUGGACCGUCCAUCCGGCCGCUUCCAGCAGUCGCUUGAGUUCUUGGUGUUGUUGAGAUUUUUCUUCCCGCUUGUCCAAAUGGCGAACGUCAGAGCUGUAACCAAUUUCAAGGAUAUAGAUGGGCAGCCGUGCUUUGUUCAGGGGCGGGCGGUACCCUUCUCUAUGUGUUUCAUGGGCGGGCAGGUUUGGGAUGAACAGAAUGUCUACAACGGUGGCAACAACUAGCAGCAGGCGCCGUGCCGCUUGGGCUUCUGCUAUUGGUGCAUGUGAUACCGGGUCCCAACCCAAGCAAAAUAAACCUCGACCAGUAAUUACGUGCGUGAUUUAAUUGCGGACAUGAUAGGAUGCGCAUGUGCGUUUGGUUGGUCACGAUAGUCACGCACGACACACGGUGCUGAGAAUGGGCACUGGGAUUGACAGUCAACCGCCGACAUACAUGGGAGGGCGGAAACUUAGAGCGAAUGCAUGAGCAUGGAUGAAAGUUAUCUGUUGAUGUUGUGCUGCGCGCGCACGUAGGGGACGCGACUACUGGACAGGCUGUGGUUGCACGUACGUGGAUGGGUUGCUGCGUUCGUUGGGGUGGAUGGGAUCGAUCAUACAUGGAGUGCUGGGAGGUGUACCUGGAGGUAGGUGUAUGGAAUGGGAGGUAGACUGGCACUAGAGAACGAGCGAGGACGAGGAAUGCACAGUGGAGCAUCGUCCCUAGGGACACAUACGGU